AUGCCACCACGGAAGCGCGUUGUAAAGCAAGUCAAGAAGGAGAAGGCGGAGGAUGUGCGGCCUAUCAGCGAGGAAGAACAGGAAGCCGAGAUCGCAGCGCUGCGCAAGAACGCCCAGAAAGACAAGGCGACCGGGCGGAUGUAUCUGGAUGCGCUGUUAGGCUUCUGUUUGUUUGUAUUCAUACGUCAGCUUCACCGCUACAGGAGUGGCGAGUCCAGUGCGCCAACCGUUCUCGUCCUUGUCACGCUUGCCCAGACAAUCCUGCUCCCAUUCUCCGUCACUCCCGAGCGGCUGCCGGUCGUUGGCCGGUAUUUGGCAGGGUACCAUCACUUGGUGGUGCUCGCACAGCUUAUACUCUUUGUAGGGAGUUUCGUGCUCCAGGUAGGCCGCGUGCCGAUCCCCGAACUGCUGCGGGCCGCAAUGCCGGAGCUGCUGGCGUUCAGCGUCGAGACACAGCGUCGGGCCGAAAGGUCCAACGACGCUGCUCUUGACAAACUCGAGAGGCUCAAGUAUCCCCUCAAGGGUGCGUAG